CUUCGACGCGUCUGUCCGCGCUCUCUAAUACCCGCCGGAAAGAAACCAAUCGGGGGGGCGAUCGACCGUGUGGAUGUCUCUCUCGACGAGGGCCCACGGGGCGGCAUGACUGAGGAAGAGUUGGUCUACAAUGUCACCGUCGUCGACACGUCCUGUCUCUCCGAAAGGAAGUUCUGGUGUUUCCUGCUGUCGUCCAUUUGCACCUUCCUGGCAGGACUGCUCAUCGUCCUGGUAUGGAGGCUGUUCGCGUUUCUGUGCUGCAGGAGGGAGACCGACCUGGGGCCCAACGACCCCAAGCAGAAGGAGCAGAAGGCGGCCAGGCAGGGCAAGCAGGAGUUCGAGGGGACCUUCAUGACGGAGGCUAAGGACUGGGCGGGGGAGCUGAUCUCCGGGCAGACAACCACCGGGAGGAUACUGGUUGUCCUAGUAUUCAUCCUAAGCAUAGCGUCGUUAGUUAUUUACUUCAUAGAUGCCUCAAAUGACGGUGUGGAACGCUGCCAAGAGUGGAGCGACAAUGUCACUCAACAAAUCGACCUUGCCUUCAACAUAUUUUUUAUGGUGUAUUUUUUUAUACGAGUAAGUAUGUUUCGUGUUAGUGAUACGUGUAGAAUACUUUCCAAUAUUACAUGCUGGUGAUCUUUUGGGUUUACUGUUACAAUGCUGUGUAAAAAUUUGCAGUUCCCAUGUGGAAAUUUUGACCAGUUCACAAGAGCUUCUUUUGAGCAUCAAAUUGUUCGAAAUCCAUC